AUGGCAAUGAUCAUUCUUCUGUUUGAUCAAAAUACCAGUUCCCGUGCUUGUAUGAGCAACGGCCGAACAGCCCUUGAAUUGGCAUGCCCAAUAGGUAGUCGUCGUCGUGGACUUGCCGCUUUNGCUCUUGACCUUGUUCAUCAAUUUACGGAUCUCGAUCUUCUCUGGGACGGAAGAAUGGCAAUGAUCAUUCUUCUGUUUGAUCAAAAUACCAGUUCCCGUGCUUGUAUGAGCAACGGCCGAACAGCCCUUGAAUUGGCAUGCCCAAUAGGUAGUCGUCGUCGUGGACUUGCCGCUUUCUUGAAAGACAUAGUCGUCGACGACGAGGAGAGGUUUGCCUUUGUUACUGUUUAUGAAUGA